GGGCCGGGGCGGCCCCGGCGUGACGCAGUCCCGUUGCCAGGCGCCGCCUUAUAAACCUCCCUCUCGGCCGCCGCCGAGUCGAGUCCGAGCCGCGCACGGGACCGGGACACAGCGGAGCCCGCGGGCCCCGCGUUCAUGCACCGCCUGCUGGCCUGGGACGCAGCAUGCCUCCCGCCGCCGCCCGCCGCCUUUAGACCCAUGGAAGUGGCCAACUUCUACUACGAGCCCGACUGCCUGGCCUACGGGGCCAAGGCGGCCCGCGCCGCGCCGCGCGCCCCCGCCGCCGAGCCGGCCAUCGGCGAGCACGAGCGCGCCAUCGACUUCAGCCCCUACCUGGAGCCGCUCGCGCCCGCCGGGGACUUCGCCGCGCCCGCGCCCGCGCCCGCGCCCGCGCACCACGACUUCCUUUCCGACCUCUUCGCCGACGACUACGGCGCCAAGCCGGCCAAGAAGCCGGCCGACUACGGUUACGUGAGCCUCGGGCGCGCGGGCGCCAAGGCCGCGCCGCCCGCCUGCUUCCCGCCGCCGCCGCCCGGCGCGCUCAAGGCGGAGCCGGGCUUCGAACCCGCGGACUGCAAGCGCGCGGACGACGCGCCCGCCAUGGCGGCCGGCUUCCCGUUUGCCCUGCGCGCCUACCUGGGCUACCAGGCGACGCCGAGCGGCAGCAGCGGCAGCCUGUCCACGUCGUCGUCGUCCAGCCCGCCCGGCACGCCGAGCCCCGCCGACGCCAAGGCCGCGCCCGCCGCCUGCUUCGCGGGGCCGCCGGCCGCGCCCGCCAAGGCCAAGGCCAAGAAGGCGGUGGACAAGCUGAGCGACGAGUACAAGAUGCGGCGCGAGCGCAACAACAUCGCGGUGCGCAAGAGCCGCGACAAGGCCAAGAUGCGCAACCUGGAGACGCAGCACAAGGUGCUGGAGCUGACGGCCGAGAACGAGCGACUGCAGAAGAAGGUGGAGCAGCUGUCGCGAGAGCUCAGCACCCUGCGGAACUUGUUCAAGCAGCUGCCCGAGCCGCUGCUGGCCUCGGCGGGUCACUGCUAGCGCGCCGGGGGUGCCGUGGGGGCGCCGCGGUUACCGUGGGCACCGUGCGUCCUGCCCCGCGCGCGCGCGCCUGCCUGCCCCGCGCGCACCGAGCGUGCCCCGCGCGCACCUGCACCUGCACCGAGGGGACACCGUGGGGGCACCGCGCGCACGCACCUGCACCGCGCACCCGGUUUCCAGGACUUGAUGCAAUCCGGAUCAAACGUGGCUGAGCGCGUGUGGACACGGGACUGACGCAACACACGUGUAACUGUCAGCCGGGCCCUGAGUAAUCCCUUAAAGAUGGUCCUGCGGGGUUGUUGCUGUUGAUGUUUUUGGUUUUUGUUUUUGUUUUUUUUUCUUUUUGGUCUUAUUAUUUUUUUGUAUUAUAAAAAAGUUCUAUUUCUAUGAGAAAAGAGGCGUAUGUAUAUUUUGAGAACCUUUUCCGUUUCGAGCAUUAAAGUGAAGACAUUUUAAUAAA